AUGGCAACGCCUACAUCGAGAUGGAUCUCUGGUAAGAUCACUACUUACAACGUUUCCUACGAUGUCAUGUACACGUCAGAGAUCAAGAGGCUCGGCGCUGUGGAAGUACGUAACUCAAAAGUGGCCCGUGGUGAGGACCUUUCGGAGGUAGCCGAGCGGGGUCAUACUGCACCAUCUUUGUACAAAGAGUGGGCGGCUCCGUAG